AUGGCUGUAGAGGCGACCAAGCUGGCGGCCGAGCCUCCGCAGCGGUCUGUCCGUGGGUAUGACGAGGACGGGCUGAAGCACGAGGUCGAUGCGGCAGUGGCAGAGGGGAUGAAGGCGAGGGAGGUGGCGGAGAGGGCGUGCAAGGAGAACGACUUUGCUAUGGUUCAGUACCUGUUGGAGAGUGGGGCGGUGAGCAUCGAUGAGCCCGUCGAUGGCUACGGCAAUCGGAUCGCCCACUAUGCUGCGCUCAAGAGAAACGUCGGCGCCCUGCGGAUGGCGCUCAUCGCCGGCGCAGACGUCAACAUGUGCAACGAUGACGGAUCGUCGGUGGUGCGGUCGGCGGCAGUCGGCGGGUGCGCCGAGGUGGUAGCGGUGCUUCUGGCAGCAGGCGCCGAUCCGAACGUGGGCUCGGACUCGGGAUCGACACCGCUGCAUCAGGCGGUUGAUCGCGGGUUUGCGGGCGUGGUCAAGGUGCUGCUCGACGGCGGAGGCGACCACAACAAGUGUGACAAAGCUGGGCGGACACCGCUGAUGGUGGCUCUGUCCAAGUGGCAGGGCCACACGCUCGAGGCUGCGGCGGCGUCAGUCGACCUCAUGAUCGACGCUGGCUCGAUCGACUGGACCCAGCGCGACGGCGAGGCCAACUCGAUCCUACACUUUGCUUGCCAGAAUGGCAAACUGGCGUCAAUUGUAGACGUGCUCCCGACACUGUCGCCGUCGGCAUUUGAGGCCAAUGCAAGUGGCGAGACUCUGCUGCAUGCUGCAGUGACCAACGCCGACAAUAGCCGAUGGCUGGCGGCGCUGACCAGCCUGCCGCUACUGGAUCCGUGUGCUCGAGACGCGGCAGGCAACACUGUGUUGCACCGCAUCUUUGCCACACGCGCUGACGAGCCGGACCAGCGAGUCGCCGGCAUGCUGGACGCGCUGUUUAGCGUGUACGGAGCGCGUCUCGACGCGCUAGUCAAUGAGUUUAACGCCGACGGUGUGACGGCGCUUCUCCUCGCGCUGACCAACGAUGCUGUUCCCGACGCGCUGCAGAUCCUCGUCGACCAUGGCGCAGACGUUGGCCUCGAGCCUCUGCGUGGAGCAAAGUAUCCGUCGACCGGGGCCAACUCGCGCAAGCUCUCCCCGCUGCUUUACGCCAUCAAGCACAAGCACGUGGCGGUGGUUGAGGUCCUCCUUACCGCGCCGGGUCUUGACCCCGACGCUGUCACCGUCCGCGGCUCGGGGAGGACCGCGCUUCAUGUGGCGGUCAAGACCGGCGACGUGGCCAAAGUUGGCGCGCUUCUCGACUCCGGCGCCGAUAUGUUCCGCGCCGACAAGGCCGGCAAGACGCCAAGCGACCUCGCCCGCAAGGCCGAAGUGGUGGCACUCCUCGAGAAGCGCGGCGGGCGCAAGCGGCCGCGAACUGAUGACGAGACUCUACCGCCGCGCAAGGAGGCUGCGCUGCCGCCAUGGAAGCGGCGCAAGUAUCGGCAGCUGGCGCCUGCAGCCGCGGCGCCUGAACCAGUAGCAGCAGAAGAUGAGGCGGGAGCUGGUGCUCCGUGAGGCGACGGUUUACUUUCUCUUGCCGCCCUUACCACCCUUGCCCUUCUUCUUGCCCUUCUUGCCGGACGGGGCCUGUUCCUUGAUUUCGACAGACUUGAUGACGCCAACAGCGACAGUUCGGCCCAUGUCGCGGACGGCAAAGCGGCCGAGAGGGGGAAGGCGGUAAAGGGCUCCACGCACAUGGGCAUGAGCGGAACAAGGCGGACGAGGGCGGCGUCGCCGACGGCAAUGGACCGCGGUGACUCCUCGACAACCUUGCCGGUCCGCUUGUCAAGCUUGGAAAUGAGCUCAUCAAAGCGGCAGACAAUGUGAGCGGUGUGGCAGUCGAUCAUGGGCAUGUAGCCUGUGGAAAUGAACAACGGGUGGUUGAGGACAA